AUGGCGGUGGUGCCAGUACGUGUCACUCCGUCCUCACCCUCAGAUGGGAAGUACGAGAUCACAACCGUCUUAGAGCUUCCGUCAUCCUCAGUAACUGUGCUCGUCACAACAGGUGGCUGCGAGUAUGGCUCAGGCGACGUGAACACUCCCUCGUCCACCUGGUCGAAUGACGCCAUCGUGGUGGUGAUCGUCACCGUCUUCCCGUCAGAAUCAGUAGUGGUGAUGUGCGACACUACCUCAGUGAUCGUGUGCCCAUCAGACGUCACUGUCGUCGUGUAG